UUUGGGUUACUGGAAUCUCUGUAUUACCUAUUUACUGGAAAUCUAAUAUGUACAAGGACACCGUUUAAAAUGGUCCUAAACAAUUCCCAGGAAGUCAAAAGUUGGGAACAGGUAAGGUCGCAUGUUAAACUUCUCAAGUUUCAAUUUUUUUCCUCUACAAAUUUUUUGUGCGUUCAUUGAGAAAAAUUAUAUAAGCACGCGGCAUCUUGCUCACACGGGACCUUGAAAACUUUUAUUUGAAACUCUUGAAGCUUUAAUUUAAUAGUUGAAUCCUCUUUCAAUCGAGUUUGAAUCGUAAUAGAGUGAUGCUGAAAUCAACCUUCACUCCCAUUUUCUCAACCUUCCCUGCCAAACUCAGUGCACUUCAAAAGUUUCCACGUUUUACAACGGCCGCCAACGCAUUCACGCAAAGCACACCACCUAUUCAACAAAAUUCCUCAACCGCUCCUACUUCAGCUUACGUCCACCUCCCUUUCUGUCGCAAACGCUGCCAUUACUGUGACUUUCCGAUCGUUGCUCUUGGCUCUGCUAACCCAACUGACGCCGACCCUCGGAUCUCCAACUAUAUAGAAUUGCUUCUACGAGAAAUAGUCUCAACAAAACCAGAAUUCGAUUCCCACCCACCUCUUCAAACUGUCUUUUUUGGUGGUGGCACGCCUUCUUUGGUGUCUCCAGGUCUCGUUUCCUCCAUUUUGGAUACGUUGAAAAGGAAGUUUGGGCUCUGUGAAGAUGCUGAGAUAUCCAUGGAAAUGGAUCCUGGGACCUUUGAUGCUGGUAAAAUGGAGGAGUUGAUGGGGCUGGGCGUGAAUAGAGUGUCAUUGGGAGUGCAGGCUUUUCAAGAGGAGUUGCUGAAAUCUUGUGGGAGAGCACAUGGAAUUAAGGAGGUUUACGAAGCAAUUGAGAUUAUUGGAUCAUGUGGGGUUCAGAAUUGGAGCAUUGAUCUUAUUUCUUCUCUUCCUCACCAGACUCCACAAAUGUGGGAGGAGAGCUUGAGACAUACAAUCCAAGCACAGCCUAAGCAUGUCUCUGUAUAUGAUUUGCAAGUUGAAAAAGACACAAAAUUUGGAAUCUUGUAUUCACCAGGAGAGUUUCCCCUGCCAUCAGAAACGCAAUCUGCUGAUUUUUAUAGAAUGGCUUCGCGGAUACUUUCUGAUGCUGGUUACAGCCAUUAUGAAAUUAGUAGUUAUUCCAAGGAUGGAUUUGAAUGCAAGCACAAUUUUACUUACUGGAAGAACAAGCCUUUCUAUGGUUUUGGCCUUGGCUCCGCUAGUUAUAUUAAUGGACUAAGGUUUUCGAGGCCAAGAAAGAUGAAAGAGUACAUGGGUUAUGUGCAGAAUUUGGAGACUGGAGAAGUGGAUUGCUGUGGGAAUAACCAUAUUGAUGCCAAGGACAUGGUCAUGGAUAUUGUGAUGCUUUCGCUUAGAACUGCAAGAGGCCUUGAUUUGAGGUUUUUUGCAAAUGAAUUCGGUGGCUCCCUUGUUUAUUCUCUCUGCAAGGUCUAUAAACCUUACAUAGAGAGUGGACAUGUGGUUUGCUUAGAUGAGGAGAGAAGGGAAUUGACUGCAGAUGAAUUGAACACGUUGUUUACGCAUGAAGAAGAUAUUGCAAGUCGACUAGGUUGUAUCCGGCUCAGCGAUCCAGAUGGUUUUCUGUUAUCAAAUGAAUUGAUAUCCCUUGCAUUUAGGGUCAUAGCUCCAUAGAACAUAUGGGAUUGAACCAGGCAGAUGGUCUUAGAGGUUGGAGAUGAGUUCUUAACAUAAUUGGCUCCAUUCAUUCUUUGCUACAACACAAAGCAGAUUAUCUUACUGUCACUGAGAAACAAGGUGUUAAUUUCACUAUGCCAGAAUUACUGGUUUUUUAAAGUAUUUAAAUGCAUAAUAUUCGUUCACAGGUUCCCAGGUUCUUCACGAGAAGGCCUUAUUGGAGAAUUUACCAGUGAAAGUGAAUCAGCAAAUUGUGAGGUUGAAGAUGAUUUGCUAACAUACUCAUCUUCAUUACUGAUUUCUGGGUGGCCUUGUUUAGCAAACAAGAAAGAGCAGACUACCUUAUAGUCACUGCAGAACAAGGUGCUUUUUAUGUUAGAUUUCAGGACACAGUAUUGAAUAAGCAACAAGAGGGAAUUAGACUAGAUUUUCAAGAUGAUUGUAAAAGACUGAAAAUUGAAGCAUGUAUCAAGAUAAUUGCAACUAAUGUGAAAUGUCAACUGUUAAAAUUAAAAUUACAUCGAUUUG